AUGGCGUCGUCCAUGAGCGGUAUGUUUCCCGGACAACAAGCGCCUGGUGGUCAUCCCGUCGGAGGUCCCGGAGGACCGGGCCAGCCCGGUUUACUACCUGGCGCCGGUAACAGGGGCCAGGGUGCCAAUACAUUAGUGGACGAUUUGGAGGCCUCCUUUGAGGCUUGCUUUGCGUCACUGGUAAGCCAAGACUACGUCAAUGGGACGGACCAGGAAGAGAUCCGAACUGGUGUGGACCAGUGCAUCCAAAAGUUUCUGGAUGUGGCUAGACAGACCGAGUGUUUCUUCUUACAGAAAAGGCUUCAAUUAUCUGUACAGAAACCAGAACAGGUGGUCAAAGAGGAUGUGUCUGAGUUGCGCAAUGAGCUACAGAGGAAGGAAGUGCUGGUUCAGAAACAUCUGUCCAAGUUGCACCACUGGCAACAAGUGCUUGAGGAUGUCAGUGUUCAGCAUCGCAAACCAACGGACCUGCCCCCUCCUGGACCACUAGCCUUUUUAGAGCAGGCUUCUGCUAGUCUGCCUCCUGCCCCUUUAAAGCCCAACUAGAACAGUCACCCACAAACUUGCAGUGUUCACUGUCAAGUUUUGAGGAUGUUGAACAACAGUGCAGCGGCUCUACUCUUCGGAGCUGUGCUUAGUGCUCAGCCAAAUCAUCACAUAAAACGUUGAAUUUUAUUUCAAGUUUGUUUCUUUUCUUUCUUUUUGUACUUGUAAAUAUUUUUCUAUUACCAGCUUAAAAAGAAAAUAAAAUUUUGUAAAACUUUUGGAUCAGACUUGGCUAAGAAUCUGGCUCGCAUUUUUUCCUAAUGUGGUUUAUCACUAUAUAAAAU